AUGCCCGAUACUGCCGGCGACAAGCGAAGCAGUGCCGAUUCCGACGGCGCUUCCAGGAAGAAGAUGAAGAAGGAGGAAAAGCCGAACCCGUACCUGGCGCACAUGUACGAGAAUGGAGAUGACGAAGAUUACGAAGACGGCGCUGAAGAGAUGCCUGCGCAUUCGCCUCUGGCGGGCAUGAAGCGCCGUGCCACAACGGCAAAGCAGGCUGAAAAGCGCGAAGAUUUGGACGCGAAUCCCUUCACAGGGCGUGCACACUCACAGAAGUACUUUCAGAUUCUGCAAGGUCGCCGAGACUUGCCCGUCCAUAAACAAAGGCAGGAAUUCCUCGACAAGUACCAUUCGACCCAGAUCCUCGUCUUUGUCGGUGAGACGGGUUCCGGAAAGACUACGCAGAUCCCGCAAUAUGUCGUCUACGAUGAGCUACCCCAGCUCAACCGCAAGCUCAUUGCCUGUACGCAACCCCGACGAGUCGCCGCCACCUCGGUAGCCCAGCGUGUCGCCGACGAGAUGGACGUGACCUUGGGCGAGGAAGUCGGUUACAAUGUUCGAUUUGACGACAUGUCGGGCCCCAAGACGCUCCUCAAGUACAUGACGGACGGUAUGCUUCUGCGCGAGGCCAUGCACGACCACGACAUGUCGCGCUACAGCUGCAUCAUUCUCGACGAGGCGCACGAGAGAACGCUCGCGACCGAUAUCCUCAUGGCGCUGCUCAAGCAAGUCGCCGCCCGCCGCCCCGACCUCAAAAUCAUUGUCAUGUCCGCCACGCUGGACGCGCAAAAGUUCCAGCGCUACUUCAACGAUGCGCCGCUGCUCACGGUCCCCGGCCGCACGCACCCCGUCGAGAUCUUUUACACGCCCGAACCCGAAAAGGACUACGUCGAGGCCGCCAUCCGCACCGUGCUGCAGAUCCACGCCUCAGAGCCCGAGGGUGAUAUCCUGCUCUUCCUCACGGGCGAGGACGAGAUUGAAGACUCGUGUCGCAAAAUUGCGCUCGAGGCCGAGGAGCUAAUACGAGAAGUUGACGCCGGGCCGCUCGUCGUCUACCCGCUGUACGGCACCCUCCCUCCGCACCAGCAGCAAAAGAUCUUUGACAAGCCGCCGCCGGCGCUGCGCAAGGGCGGCCGUCCCGGCCGCAAAGUUAUCAUCUCGACCAACAUCGCCGAGACGUCGCUGACCAUUGACGGCAUCGUCUACGUCGUGGACCCGGGCUUCAGCAAGCAAAAGAUUUAUAACCCGCGCAUUCGCGUCGAGUCGCUGCUCGUAUCGCCCAUCUCCAAGGCCUCGGCGCAGCAGCGUGCCGGUCGUGCCGGCCGUACCAAGCCCGGUAAAUGCUUCCGCCUGUACACGGAAAAGGCGUUCAAGAAGGAGCUCAUCGAGCAGACGUACCCCGAGAUCUUGCGCUCCAACCUCGCCAAUACGGUGCUGGAGCUCAAGAAGCUGGGCGUCGAGGACCUGGUGCACUUUGACCUGAUGGACCCGCCGGCGCCCGAGACGAUGAUGCGCGCGCUCGAGGAGCUCAACUACCUGGCGUGCCUGGACGACGACGGCGAGCUGACGGCGCUCGGCUCCCUGGCGUCCGAGUUCCCGCUGGACCCGGCGCUGGCCGUCAUGCUCAUCUCGUCGCCCGAGUUCUACUGCUCCAACGAGAUCCUGAGCCUGACGUCGCUGCUGUCGGUGCCGCAGGUCUUUGUGCGCCCGGCCAACAACCGCAAGCGCGCCGACGAGAUGAAGUCGCACUUUAGCCACCCCGACGGCGACCACCUGACCAUGCUCAAUGUGUACCACGCCUACAAGGGCCAGCAGGCCUCGGACCCCAACUCGGUCAAGAACUGGUGCCACGAGCACUUUCUCUCGCACCGCCACCUCUCGAGCGCCGACAGCGUGCGCGCGCAGCUCAAGCGCACCAUGGAGGUGCAGGGCCUGGAGCUCAUCUCGACACCAUUCGAGGACAAGAACUACUACACCAACAUCCGCCGCUCCCUGCUCUCGGGCUUCUUCAUGCAAGUCGCCAUGAAGGAGAGCUCGGGCAAGAUCUACCGGACGGUCAAGGACGACCAGGCCGUGCUGAUCCACCCGUCGACGGUGCUGCGGACCGAGUUUGACUGGGUCGUGUACCACGAGUUUGUCCUGACGUCGAAGCAAUAUAUCCGCACCUGUACGGGCAUCCGUCCCGAGUGGCUACUGGAUAUUGCCCCCACGUACUACGACCCGGAGAACAUGGACCAGCCAGACAUUAAGCGGGCUCUGGUCCGGGCUGCGGAGAAGAAGCGCAGAAAGGCGGCCAUGCGCACCGACAAAUGA